AUGAGCGCACCUAGAAUAGGGCGCUCUGCCCUAAAGGCAGCCAAAGGGCCUGCGCCUGGAGUCCCAAGGAUACUGAACAAAACGCAACCCAGUCCUGCACCGCACCGCGCAGGUGUACCGCUCCCAAAACGAGCCAAUCCGCAUCUCCUGAAUCUCAGCUCAGAGUCUCAAACCCGCAUGUCUCCCCGAAUAAUGACAAUGUUGGGCGUCAGUGUCCUCACGAUAGGUACCUACUGUGGCUACUUGUACACCUCUUACCGCCGUGAAGUAGCCCAGGCACAGUUGAUGAACGUCCCAGAGGAUGUAUCAGAUCGGUACAAUCACACAGCGCGAACUUUUGACGCAGACGUUGAGCUCUCGGAAAAGCUAAUGCGAAUUGGUAAGAAGCGUCGCGACCUCGUCCAACAGGCGCGAGGCCACGUACUGGAGGUUAGCUGCGGGACCGGCCGCAACCUCGAGUACUACAGCCUGGGAGCGCGUGGUUGUCGCAGUGUCACAUUUGUUGAUCUCAGCCCAGAGAUGGUGGAGAUUGCACAGGAGAAGUUUGGAAAGCUCCAUCCUGGGUUCAAAUGGGUAGAGUUUCGGGCGCAGGAUGCGAGGGAGGUCCCAUCUCCAUCGCACAACAGGGGGCAGGAGAAAGUGGCAUACUAUUACGACACCAUUGUGCAAACGAUGGGACUGUGCUCGAUGCCAGACCCUGCGGGGACACUCCGGCACUUGGGGGCGCUCACGGAACCACAGCAGGGUCGUAUAUUGCUGUUAGAGCACGGAAGGUCACAUUACGACUGGCUAAAUCGAGUCCUGGAUAACCUGGCUCCUGCGCAUGCCGACCGGCAUGGAUGUUGGUGGAACCGGGACAUCGGGCAGAUUGUUCGAGAUAGCGGGUUGGAGAUCGUCGAGGAGCAACGAUGGCAUUUUGGAACGACGUGGAGGUAUGUACUUAGGCCAAGGCGCUCCUAG